AUGCAUUGCCAGUCAAGACUCCCAGAAGAUAAAGUGCGAAAAUUUUAUGUUCCACACCCACAUAAUUUUCAAGAAACUUGUAGGACUUGCAAUGUAGUCAAUUCCCAAUAUGUGUGUAUAUGGGGGAGGAGGGGGAGGAAAAUAGUCACUGGCUGUAGUCUUGCACUUCUCUAUCUUUCUGAUUUUAUAAUUUACAUCUUCUUUCUAAUUUUCAGGCCACAUGUUGUAACUGUUGACUGGUUGCUUGAGAGCAUGAAGCAAAGGCAUCCUGCACCUGAAUCACAUUUCUUGGUAUUUGUGAAGCCUACUGAACUACCAUUACGAUUGAGCAGAAAGCCUUUGUCCAAGAUUAAGGGCCAGUCGGGGGAAACAUUUGGAGGAAUAAACAUUCCAAGAAAGCGUAAGGCAGAAGAGUUGCAGCAAAAAGAUGGUGAUACCUUGGCUUCCCCACCUGCAGCAACGCGUGUUCGUAUCUUCUCGCCUGUAGCUGGUACCUCAAGGGACAAUGUGCAGCCUGAAAGUAGUUCACAGACUGGAGUGAAACAACCACCCAAAAUACUGAUAUCAUCCAUGAAAGACAAGCGUGCAUAUGUCAAAAUGAUCAUGGACCUGGGUGGCAUUGUGUCGUAUAAAUCUGUCUUUGAUCCCACAACAACGCAUCUCAUUUGUUCCAGGCCAGGAUGGUAUAAAAAGACAGCAUGUUGUAACCUAUUGCUUUGUAUUGCAUCUGGGAAAUGGAUAUUACACAAGAGCUUCAUAGAUGCAAGUUGCCGAGCAGGUACUUUUGUUGAGGAAGAGGAAUAUGAGUUUGGAAACCCCAAAGCAGAAAAACUGUGGGGUAAACUGCAACCCAGAAGUAUGCAAAUGGCACUGGCAAAGGCAGGUUACAGGUGGCGACGUAAACUGUGUGGCGGUAACAGCGGGCCUUUCACCGGCAUGAGGGCCAUCGUAUGCACGAAACAGAAGAAGGCGGUUCUUCUUGCCCAGGUUAUCAAGGCAGGAGGUGGAGAGGUGCUGGACAUCAGGCCACCGUGCAAAGAUCCACAGGGUGCGACACAUUGCUUUGCUGAUAUUAAAGAUCUAAGUGAACCAAUAGAUAUGGAAGCCUUGAUUAAGAAUAAAGUACCAUGUUUGUAUCCUGUCUACAUCCUCGCUUACCUUGUAAAAGAACCUCCACCAGAUGCUAAAAGAUAUAUCCUUCCAGAAUACAAAUGGAUAAUGGCACAGCUGGACAGAUUAUAGUCACUACAUUUCUUAAAGUAAGAACUUAAGCUGUAUAUAUGUGCCUGUGUUAUUUUUAUGUGCUUCUUUAAAAGUCAUAACAGGGCCUUUGCCAUGUAUACUGCAUGGUU